AUGCUUCGCUUAGAAACGUUACUUCAUUCUAAACGUACUCGAUCCACCGGUCGGAUGAUUAGACUUUGUGACGCUUCCUUACAUACUUGUCAGUCAGAAACCCAGACGUUCAUGGUGGAUAACACGCAAGAAACAUCAGCAGCAUCCGUUGACCACACACAAAUAGGAACAAAAAGCGAUGAGAUAUCCUCCACAACACGUUCUUCUGAUGUCUUACUUCAAGAGUCCCGUGAAAAUCUUCUCACUGAUGAAGAAGCACUUCUAGAAGAGACUAUUAGAGAAGUUCGCGGGCUACGCCCAAAACUUAUGGAAUUUAUGGAUAUGUUUGGCGAACAACAGAAACAAAUCCAAUAUUUGAAGGAAGAAAAUGCAAAUAUUGAAGGGAAUUUGGCAGAAAUUAUUUCUGUACAAUCUACUAGAAGUGUAGAUUCGUUAAGUGUGUACAGAAACAAUAAUGUAAAAGCCACAAAUAAAAAGCUGAGAUCGUUUGCUAAAGCCAUAAAAGAUCUUACUGCUCAAGAAACUGCAGUUUCUGACACUAAACGAAUAUGUAAAAAGAAUAUUCUGGAUAAUGCUAGGAAUGAACUCUCACAGGCUCAAUCCAUAUUCCUUGGGCUUGAGGAUAUCUAUCAGGAGGAACAGAUGAGGCUUUCUUUUUAUCAGGAAAGGAACGAGAACCUAAGAGAACGGUUACUGAUGGUCCAAAAAAGAAAUGCUAGCAGAGCAAUGUCGGGGGAUGCUCCUUCUAUCCCAGGAUCCUCACCAUCAGCGGAGCCUAAAUGCUCGGUUGCUGACUAUUGUGACAACAGAAUCGUUGCAAACUCACUAACUUUUUUACUCGCUAACAGAGAACCACAAACGGUCAAAGCCGACUCUGCAGGUGAUUUGCCGGACGUCACAUUCUGCGUUAAAGAAAAAGAGCAAUACAGAUUACGUUUCGAUUUUUUCACAACGAAUAAUGUGAAGAGCCUACAAUAUAUUCACAAAGUAAGUAGAUUUCGUGUCAACGUGUCAAAAAAGGUGUCCACCGUGGAAUCGUACACAGGACAAGAGAAUUUACAUAGUUUUGUGCUUCCACCUGAGACUGCUCCUGAAGGUUUGUUUCAUCGAGGAAAAUAUAGGAUCAAAUCGCAAGUGGUUGAUGAAAAUGGUGAUGAACUGAUAACUUGGCGUUGGACCUUAAAAAUCAUUAAAAGCUACUAA